GCAAGCAGCUGUCAGCGAGGGCAAACAUGACAGCAAAGCAAAGUUAGCGGGCUUUCUGAGUCCCAGUUGCGUGUAGGCAGUCUCGCACAAACUUACUAAAAUUGAGCUUUGUAAAUCAAGUCUCGUAGCAACAAACAAACUGGGCAAUCAUGCCAUCGGUGAAGACGACAACCAGCAAGCGACUUGGCGAGUUGCUCCUAAAGGGCUGGGCCAUGCUCGCGGAUAAUUGCCCGGAUUGCCAGGUGCCGCUUAUGAAGGCGCGUGACUCGCAGGAGCGGCUGUGCGUCAACUGCAGCACUACCUACGUCCCGGAUGGCCAGGGGCUGCGGCCAAUUGGCAGCGCUGGCGGCGAGGACGCUGCCGGCGAUUCAGGGGCCGGGGGCAGCGCCAGCACCAGCGGGCGUGUCGGUCAAUCGGCAGGAGUGGCAGCAGGCUCAGCGCAGUCCAACGGCGGCGCUCAUGGCGGGCGGCGGGGGGAGCCAGCCUUGCAUGGCGCAGAGGGGGCGCAGGUCGCGGCGCCGAACGGGGUGGGGCAUAGCGGGGACGAGGACAAGGAGGAGGAGGAGGAGGGGGCGGACUACGACCCCCGGGCGGAUCCGCGGCUUGGGCCCUUUAGCAGCGCCGCCAACGCUUCUGCCCCGGACAGUAAAGCGGCUGGGGCGGCUGUUGCUACUGCUGGUGCCACGGCGGCUUCUGCGGGCAGCGGCCGCAAGCAGCAGCAGCAGCAGGCGGAAGUAGAUGUGGCGGACUUGUUGUCGUCCAAGAUGCUGCAGGGCUGGGCGCUGCUGGAUAAGUACUGCCCGCGGUGCUGCACGGUGCUGGUGCGCUCCAAGGCCACCCGGCAGAUGUUCUGUGUGGCCUGUGACGCCUGGGUGGUACCGGAGGGCGAGCAGCCGCCGCAGCAGCAGCAGUCGCCGCCGCCGCCCGCGCAGCAGCAGGAGCCGCUGGAGCAGUUGUCGCCGCCGCAAAAUCAGCCGCACACGACACCUGCCGCAGCGGCGGAAGGCGGCCGGCCGCACGCGGCGGCCAGCCCCGCCGCGGCGGCGGCAGGGGUGCCCGAUGCGGCGCAACCCAACAGCGCCGCCGGCCCCAACAGCGCCGCCGGCACCAGCACAAGCUCGCCGCGCCACCAGGUGCAGGCGGCGCCGGCAGCCACAGCCGCCGCAGUGCCAGCACCACUGGCGUCGGCGGCGGUGCACACGGGGGGUGGCGCGGCUGGCUUCCUCGCUGACGUUCUUGGAGGGGUGGGACCGGCAGCAGGGGGUGCGGCCGCAGGUGUGGCGUACAGCGGCUAUGAAAGCAGCUCACGCGGCUCCUCGCCACCACCCGUGUUCCCUGUUGAUGCGCCCUUCCUAGUCGGGGGCGCGCCCUCUCGCCUCCUGCAGCCGUCCCAGCACCCGCACCAGCAGCCCCCGCAGCAGCACCCGGCCGCCAAUGCCAGUGCCCACGCCAACGCCCACACACACGCCGGCAGCCACCAGCCCAGCCAACACCUUCGAGGCAACUUCGCGGCGGGGCUGGGCGCCGGCAGCGGCAGCGGCGGCAAGUCGCCGGCGGUGGGCGGCAACGCAAUGCUCCUGUCCGUCAGCCGCACCGUCGCGCUCAAGAUGACCGAGGCCCAGCAGCAGCUGGAGCGCAUCAGUGUGCUGGAGCUGGACCGCGCGCGCGGCCUGGUGGGCUUCAUCGCCGAGUGCCUGGACCUGCUGGCCAAGCUGCACCGCCUGCAGGCGCAGUAGCAGGGGGUGAGGAGCAGGGCGAGGAGCAUGGGGAGGAGCAGGGGGCGAGGAGCAGGGGGAGGGGAGGAGGAGGAGGAGGGGCAGCAGGCGGCCACUGCGGCAGGGGUGCGAGCGGCAUCGCCAGAAGGGAAUGAAGGCAGGAUGGGGAUACGGCGUACGGCAAGCCCCGUGGCCGGUGGCAGCGGCGGCAGGGGUGCAGGGGGCUUGAGCGUGUCAGUUGCAGUCACGGCUGCGGUCAGGGGUAGCAGUGUUUGGCGUUGGUGGUUUUAUGACUGAGGAGAUAGCAUGGAAGAAGAACGGUGUAGGGUGUGUCAGGGAAUGGAGGGUGGUGGUGUGAGCGGCCAAUCGGUGGCCGACUCAUACAAUGGACGUGUUGCAGCGGCCAAGGCUCAAGAGGUGGUGCGAGCAGUGAACUGCGGGGAAGUGCGGAAGCUUGGUUCAGCCGGGUCCGUGGAGAGCCCCACAAUUUGAAGGCGCGCCGUGCAUGGCGGCAUGCGGGCUUGAUCGCACUGCGAGGGAGACCGGGGCCGAUGUCGCCCGUGUUCCUUCAAAGCGUGCCAGACGCGGCGAUAACUCAUACACACCAUCGACGAAUGAGCACAAUGAGGUUUAAAUCGGAGCUUGUGUGCGACGACGGGUUUGCCGCCGCAUUUGGGUCGUGGAUACUGACAUGGAAGCA